CAACAGUCGCGCGGCGGAGGAUGCGCACAAUACAGCUCACAUACAAAAGAACACGGCGGACUCCGAGUGUCUUCUGUUCCUUUAGUCUGUCCUAGAAAGACCUCAUUCAUCCAGUCUUUCGCUUGAUGCCGCUCAGAUGUGGUUUUUCUGUCCCAUUAUUCCGGAUCAAACCUCCGGCGGAGUCGCGCAUCACAGUAAUUGAACAGAUUCCGGGAUGAGAAUCUUCAUCUGUGUCUAGAGCUGAUAAACCAGACAUCAGGACCACACAAGAGUCCGGCAGAACCCUGUUAUCUUCCUAACACCAUAUCACAAUAUCUUUCUGGAUUGUUCCUCAGAAGGGGAUGUUGGUCGUCGUGGAGACCAUGAUUACAUCCAGAGCUGGAAUAUUACUGACUAACCUCGCUCGUUCAAGCAAACUCGAUUGCAGUGACAGAUCGCUCGUGUGAGUCAAACAGACUCUUGUUCUUGAUACGCGGUGACCUCUAUAGCACGGCGUGACGUUUAGAUGCUUUAGUACCCGACGCAAGAGAACGCUUUUGGCCCUGCGGACGGCGGAGCUCAAAUGAAUUGAGAAUCUUUAAUCAAGACAGGUUUGGAAUAUUAUUCUUUUGACGUUGGGACAGAAUUCAUCCUGAAGGACCGUUCGAUGGCUCGGCCCGGCUCUGGUGUUCUGGUGUCGAUGGGAGGGGGGGCGGGAUAUUCUCCCAGCAUGGCCAGGGUGGUGGUCUGGGAAUGGUUGAACGAACACGGCCACUGGAGGCCGUACGGCGCCGCAGUUUGUCAUCACAUCGAGAACGUCCUGAAGGGCGACGCACGCGGAACCGUCAUACUGGGACAGGUGGACGAGCAGCUCGCGCCGUACGUCAUAGACCUGCAGUCCAUGCAUCAGUUCAGACAGGACACAGGCACAAUGCGUCCCGUCCAGCGCAAUUUCUACGACCCGUCCUCGGCUCCGGGCAAGGGCAUCGUGUGGGAAUGGGAAAACGAUUGUGGAUCUUGGACGGCUUAUGACAUGGAGUUGUGCGUCAGCGUUCAGAACGCGUAUGAGAAGCAGCACCCGUGGCUGGACCUCAGCUCUCUCGGCUUCAGUUAUGUGGUGGACUUUGACGGGAUGUCCCAGACCAACCGCCAGAGUCAAAGAAAGCGCCGUAUCCGCCGACGGAUGGACCUAGCCUACCCGCUCAUCGCCGGAUCUAUCCCUAAAUCGCAAUCCUGGCCGGUGGGCACCAACUCGGGCACGCCGUGCACGUGCCAGCAGUGCCUCCUGGUCCACAGCACACGGGUGGCGUCCAAUGCCAUCCUGGCCCUGCAGCAGAGGAGGAAGUUGUACGGGACGGAGGGUGGAGCCAAACAGACGGGAGCUGUCGUGAGACAGAGCAACACCUUCGCCGGCACUUCCCUCUGGUCUGCCUCGACAACCGUUGCCGGGGGUCAUCAUAACAACAUGUCCAUAGGGGGCGGAGGGGGUGGGAAGGUGGAGAUGAGCGGGGUCAAUUUCCAUGCACCAGCGCUGGUGACCCUCCCGACCAAACACUCGCUUACUAUUAAUGGACAGAAUAACCUGAACCGCCCGGGGACGCAGCGAAUCACGGUGACGGCAAACCGCGGAACCAUCCCACCUGGGGUUCCUGCUCUUCCAGUGAAGAACCUGACAGGAUCAGGAACGCUUCAUCCUGCAUUAGCAGGGAUGACUGGUAUCCUGAUGUGUGCCGCUGGGCUCCCUGUGUGUUUGACUCGAGCCCCUAAACCCAUCCUGCACCCGCCGCCCGUCAACAAGAGUGAUCUGAAACCUGUGCCCGGAAUCAACAGCAUCAGACGCAAGACCAAGAAAAAACACAUACGCAGAGGUAAAAACCCUGAAGAUGUCGUCCGGCGCUACACUGAAAAAAUCAAAACGCUCCCAGAUGAGGACUGCACUAUCUGUAUGGAGAGACUCAACACAGCGUCCGGAUACGACGGCGUUCUGACCUUUAAGAGCCUCAAACCAGAGCUGGUGGGCAAACUGGGCAGAUGCGGUCACAUGUAUCAUCUCCUGUGUCUGGUGGCCAUGUACAACAAUGGAAAUAAGGACGGGAGUCUACAGUGUCCCACCUGUAAGGCCAUUUACGGAGAGAAGACGGGCACACAGCCGCCUGGGAAGAUGGAAUAUCAUGUGAUUCCUCACUCUCUACCCGGUCACUCUGAGACCAAGACCAUCAGCAUCGUGUAUGACAUCCCUGCAGGAAUACAGACCAAUGAACAUCCAAAUCCUGGGAAGAGAUACAGCGCACGAGGAUUUCCACGACAUUGCUACCUGCCGGACAAUGAGCACGGCAGAAGGGUGUUGAAGUUGCUUAUCACAGCAUGGGAUCGUCGCUUGAUCUUCACCAUCGGGACGUCCAGCACCACGGGAGAGACGGACACGGUGGUGUGGAACGAGAUUCACCACAAAACCGAGUUCGGCUCGAACCUCACGGGUCACGGAUACCCCGACCCCAACUACCUGGACAACGUGACGAGAGAACUGGCGGCGCAGGGCGUGGGCGAAGACAACCUGAAGGACUGAGAGCUGCUCUGGGUCAACGAAGGUCACGUGACUGCAUACACGACUCAUUCAGAGGAGGAGUUUCAUGACCUCUGACCUGAGAGGAGGAGCAUCCUCACUGAUCUCCCGUCAGAUGAUGUGGAUGAAUGACUCUUGUCUCUUUCCGACUCGCUUUCAGCUUUUUGUCUCUCGCUCUGUGAAAGUUACCCAGAAUGCUGUGGGCUGAGUGCGCGGCGCAUGGUGGGCGUGGCUAAUGUUAUGUGCUUAUACAUAAUGCAAUUUAAUGAGGUUCACACCAAAUUGUUGAACUGCAACAUUUGUUUGAAAAGUUGACAGGAAGAAGUUUAUAAUGCAUUUAAAAGCUCUUGAAAGAGUGUUUCUGUUUGUUUUAUAAACGUCUCAACAUCACCAAACACCGGCUGGGUUAUCUGUCAGAUAUUUUGGUUUAUAACUAUCGAUGAGUGUUUUUUGAUUAGGUUGAUCUUCAGUUUCAUUGGUGAUUUAAAAUGAAUAUCUGAUCGAUCGAGUGAUGUUUGUGACACAAGGCCAGAUUUGUUCUGGGUCGCUCUCUAAAACCAGCUCGUAGGGAGAUUGUUUUGCAACCGCUGCAUUAAAUCUCUGCACUUCAAAACAUUCACAUCUUUUGAACUUCACACCAAUCAGCGCACUGCGGACGGAUGAGACGCGAGCGCUCUUCUGUUUUCUCCAGCACAUAUGAAGUAUUUAUGACGACGAUGAAGUUGAUCUUCUUGAAAUAUGCAAGCAUUCGUAUUCAGUCUCUUUAUUUCUCUUGUUUAGUCUGUGUUGGUCUUUUCGCGCUUCCUCGGCUGUGUUCAGAACUGAGAUCUGGCAUGCGUACCGAACACGACACACUAUAUACUGUAUACUGUACUGCAACCAUCAAUCCCAGAGGAGAACGUUAUUGCUCACAGGUUUCUCUUUAAUAGCUCACACUACAAAAAAGACAAUCUUACGAAGCAUUUUUGUCUUGUUUUUAGUAAAAAAUUCUCAAACUUCUUAAAUCAAUAUACAAUAAGGCUACUUGACAAGAAAAGUGACCUAAGAAGCGGUUUAUACGAUGUCGUUUUCUACUGAAAAUGGAAAACUUUUUAUGCGUUUUAACCAUUUGUUUAGACGGAAAUGGCGUUUUUGGGCGAGUGAAAACACAAGCUUAUGACUGUAUUAAAAAGCACAUUUGGCUUAUAACUGUGCAUGUGUAUGUGCCAAGGCACAUCCUAUUUAUUACACAACAACAUCGCCAUCCGCUGGCCUGGCCUGCAUACUACAUCGUUUUAUCCGUUUUCUUGGAUCCGUGUAAAUGCGGACUGUUUUGAGAAUGCUGUCAUGUGUAUGUUAAACUUUUCAAAAACGCAAAGGAAAAACUUUUCAGUUUUUCAUUGUUUAAUAGUGUAAAGAUAUGAAGUCUCUUUGUAAGUAAGUUUAUGGUAAAAACAAGCAAAAAAAUCUUCCAAUGGGGUGUGAAAUUUAAAUUUGAAUUUAGGUUGACCUUUUUCUCAACUACUUAAUUCAAGUUUAUUUUUCUCACCCCUUUGGCAGAUUUUUUUUGCAUGUUUUUACCAUAAACUUAAUUCUUACAUUUUUCUCCUUAAAAAGACACUAAAUAUCUUGAUUUUAGAAUGUUUAGAUAUUUGUACUACAAAACAAGACAAAAACACUUGUUUUGAGUUCUCCGUUCUUCUGAAAACAGAAAUCUCAACUUAGUCUCAGAUAUUUUUUCUUAAAACAGUUCACGAAAAAUAAAAAGAGAAACAAAUGAGGGUGAAAGAAGAGUCUGGAGGUGGGCAUGAAUGUAGAUUUUGGAGGAUAAAUCAUCUGGAUUUGAGUAAAUGUGAUGAGAAAUGUUUAAGUUGAUAAUGAGAUCUUCAAUCCUAUUGACGUAUGGCUGCAGACGAGACAAAUCUGAGCUCAAAAUUUGUGAGAUUUGUGAAACCCUUUAUCUCAGUAGACAUGUCUGAGACACAGAGACGACUUUUACAUUUAAUCUUCCGUUUCAUCUCAUUGGUGAAAUUGAAAUAAUUUGCAUUUUAAUUCAGUUUAUUUUUGCACAUCUUUUGUUUAAAAUCUCGGAUGAUGUACUUCAUUCGUCACAUUGAAAAUAGAAUAACAGACUGCGUUGCAUUGUUUGAUGUCUGGUUGUAUGCUGCACGUCUCUUGUUGAGUACACAGAUAUAAGUGAGUGUAGUAUGAUGUAUAUAGUGUGCUGUUCUGAACGCAGAUAAAUCACAGCUCUCAAGGUUAAAGUCUUUUCAGAGACGUGUCGCGCUGCAGUUUUAACAGAGAAACACGCUCAUUAAGCCGCCCGUGGAGACGAGAGCAGAUCGCAGGUUAUCCAUCACGACCCGGGAGGCGUGUGUUAUUGCCCUCCUUCUGUUCUUGCUUCCGUCCGUGUGCUGAUGUCGGUCGUCUCUUUGGGUUUGUGACAUCACAGGCUCGCGUCUCGCUGGGUUUGUGAAGGGCAGGUCAUCCUUGACUGACGGCUGAAAUGUAAUUCUUCUUCUCCGUCUGCAUUUAUCAUCAGACACGAGCGUCGCGUUUCAACUGAAAGCCAAAGACUGAAUGUGGCUCAAUUUCUCUGGGAUUUGUUGAGCUUCUCUGUCUGUAAAGAAAUCCCUUCACUCGACUCACGUCUGAAUGUUUUUCUUGAUCCCUGCGAAGCUCAUAAAACACACAAAGUUUAGAGCGACGGAUGUUUGUGAGUCAUGUGAAAGGGUUUUGUCACGGAUGUUGUGGAAAGCAUCAGAUCUUCUGUCUUCCUCGGUCCCGACCGCCGCUGCUGUCUGAUGAUUUUCUCCUCAUGUGUUUUUCUGCCGCGUGCAACUUCAGUCGUCAGUGUCUUGUUAUGCUUUAAAAGAAAUGUAUGAAGACAAAUAUAAACGAAAAACAUAUUUAAAAGUGUUCUAUAUAUUCAAAGUGUAUGUUUAAAUUAUUUUUAUACUUGCUAUGGCACACGUGUUCAUUCACAUUUAUCUACACACACACAUACACAUGAACACACAAAUGCAAACAAACACACUAACAUACUAACAUACACAUUAACACACAUAUGAGCACACAUGGAAACACACACCUACUCAGACAUGAACACACAAACACACUCAUGAACGCACGCACACAAACGAAAACACACAGAAAAAGACACACACACACACACACACACACACACACAAACAUACACACAUGAACACACACAUGAACACACAUCUGACAAAGUUUGUCAGUAAUGUCAGGGACUGUUAAAAUGUGUUUGGAGCGUCUAACACAAGUAAGCAAUGAUGGCGGUCGCUACACUGAUGUCGUGUUCAUGUCGAGGGUGGGACGGGCGUGACUAAAACCCUCCCUCACAAACGGGUCGUGUCCCGUUCUAUAUCUGCAGGGAAUAUUUCAAUCAUAAAACAUUAAUAUGAACCAUCUGACGUUAAAAACAAGAACAAUGCUCGUGGAAAUCUACAUUUCACUGUAACUUUGAGACACGGCCGCAUCUCACAGAAUGUGUUUUCAUGACACUCUGACCCUUCACACGAGCAGCUGACAUGAACAUGAUGUUUUGUUUUGUUGAGAUUGAUAUGAAUGUUUUAUUAUAUUAUAUCUGAUUGUGUUUGUUUUUCAUCUUCAGCAGUCCUGCAGUGUGACAUUAAUGCUUCAAUAUUCUGUGCAGUUUUCUGCAGGAAUAUGAGCUGAUAGAAACGUGCAUGCUAAUAUAACACGUGUGGUGUGAAAUGUGUUUAUUUAGAGUCACACUGCAGGACGCGACUCUUGCGUGUCAACUACACACCCUCCAGAAACUCAUCUGAAGAUUCUUAAGAUGUAACCGGUUUGACUUCAGUCUUACACAAAAAUAAAGGUGCUUAAAAGGUUCUUCAAUAGACGUAUUUUUCCGCCAAAGGCUCUUUAAAGAACCCUCUUUUUCUUACUUUUGUAUAAUCUGAAGAACCUUUUUUUGCCACAAAGAACCUUUUGUGAAACCGAAAAGGUUCUUCAGAUGUUAACGGUUCUUUAUGGAACCAGAAGGUUCUUCAAUGGCAUCAAGGAACCUUUUGAAGCAUCGUUUUGUUCAAGAGAAUAGGAGCAAAAACUUUGGGGAGGAAUAUGAAAAACUCUGUAUUAUAAACUAGGAUUGUUGUUAAAUCAUGAACUGCUGUUGAAUGUCCAGAAAGAAUGCAACUGAAGUAGAACCAAGAUGAAAUCUGUGUAAGAUUUGGUGUGAUUAUUGGAUUGUUUUUAGUAGACCAGCAGACGCUGGUGUGAUGGCCGAUGCCGAUUUCAAAGGUGAUGAAUUAGAUUCUCUUCAUUAUGCCGAAUGACAUCAUUCAUCAUUUGUCCCCACGGAUCCACCAAAAAUAACCCAUUUUGACAUGUUUGUGCUCAUUAUUGCGGGCGACGAGACUUCUUUCAGCUGCAUGUUGUCUUUGAUCUCUUAAAUAAUUGGUGAGAGAUAUGAACAGGCGUGGCUCGGCUGAAGAUGAACAGAUCUGGUGACAUCACACCAUAUGGAGAUCAAAGACCCGCUGGCUUUACUGAUCCCGGCCAAGAGAAACAAACCAAUCCUCACAUUCACGCGUGUGUUAUAAAAUGCAUUUGUGAUGGAACUGAAAUAGCAUUUUUUGGAGCAUGAGAAUGUGUUCCACGAGAGAACGUGAUGAGAUACUGCUGAAUCGUUUUAUAUCAGACACACAUUUAAAGUGUGUCACCGCCUGAAAGUGCAGAUCUCUCCUCUUUAUCUGUCUUAUAAACUAUAUUAUUAUGAUUAUGUUUCAGGUGAUGUGAAGCGUUUGGUUGUAGGGAUGCUGGUCUGUCCGUCGGUUGAUGUCAAAUAAAAUGAAUUUCAUUCUUUCGCUCAUUCAUGUCACAGAACUCUGACAGGCAAUAGAAUUAACAUUGACACUUGAUUAUCAAAUAUCAGACCACUUGUUGUUUGAUGAAACAAAACCAAGGGCUUUUAAGAGACAUGUCUUAAUGAAACUUGUUAUGAUCUUGUUGCAUGUCUGUGUUUCCAGUGAAAUAAAUCCGCUGAGAGGAGAAUUAUCAGA